GGAGAAUAGACGAGAGAGGUAAACCAGAAAAAAAGGAGGAGAACGGGAGUGGGUGCUGACAUCUGAGGUAGGAACCUCAUCUGAAUGUGACAAGCACCUCUUCCUGCAGAGAUACAGAACAGAUUUCUUGAGUGCUUCCAUGGUGAUAUACUCCGCUUGUGCUGAUUGGCCGGAAUCUUGAUGAUGCGCUGAUUCUACACCAUGGCCCAGGAGGCUCUGUGGAAAUACCCACAAUCCUCAGCUCCCUGAUUUACAUUGGCAGUGUCUCCGGCUCAACGAGAAAACCUGUGCAAGCCAUGAUGUCAGUCUGCGUGCCCUCACCACGUAACUCAUCCCCCUCUGUGGAUGUAGCUAAUUGCAACGGACCCUCUUCAACUCCGCCCACAUCCCUCAGCCUGCAUUCCUCACACAAUCAACUGCUUAGUGGUGAUGUCAUCAAACAGGGCCAGGCCACGCCCCCGAAGUGCCGGAAGAAAUAUGCACUCACGAGCAUUCAGAGUGCGAUGGGACUCUCCGAAGGUGUGACGCCACCGUCGUCAUCUUCAGCGACUACUAAACUGGCCAAAAAUGGUGUGAAUCAGUUACGUAAAGCUGCGGAGCGACAGGAUCACAACAAGAACACUACCGAAGAAGACGAAGAUGGAAACACAGCUGGCGAAUCAGAGCUCAGCAUCGACGAUGAGUUGAGGAAUGUUGAAGAAUUCAGCCUCGACAGAGAGUCUAACGCUGACGACGUUCACAGUGACUUUGACCAGAACAACGAGCUUGUUGACGAGGAAGUAAAUGAGUUAAUUGAUGAUGACGCUAAUGAGGAGGAUCGCGCGGAGAAUUGUGACGACCUGCUCAUUCUGUCCGAGAAAACGGAGAUUGUUUCAGACAGGAAGUCGCCCGAGCAUAUUAAGACCAAGAGUUACCUGGAGUCAUGCCUGGAUGACCUGUCAUACAAACUGUCUGACACGCAGGAUGAGAAUGUCACUAAGCCUUUGCUGGAGAAAGAGAAGAAUCCCUGUUCCUCGUCUCCAAGGAAACCGCACAGCCCUGAGGACACGCCCCUCCUGUCUAUCGGCUCUUCAUCUUCCUCUUCCUCACCGGAGACGAAAAAAGACAGACCACGGACGGGAGCCAAGACAGACCGUGCACUAAACCGCAUCCAGAACCUUCCACACAGUGACGAGGAGUCCAGCUGGACCACGUUGUCACAGGACAGUGCAUCCCUGGGCUCACCAGAAGAGAGCGAUAUCUGGGGGGAGCAGUCAUUUCAGACAGACCCUGAUUUGCCUCCAGGAUGGAAGAUGAUGACAGACAUGGCUGGCAUUUAUUACUGGCACAUUCCUACGGGCACCACGCAGUGGGAGAGACCCGCCCCAUGCCAUCCGGUGCCAACUGGACCCAGCCAUGCCAGCCGCAAACACUCCCUGGGCUCCCUGUCACCCUCGCCCACUCCAGAUCACGAGUCGAUGUCUCACGCCCACGUGUUUUUCGAAGCAUCGAGUCGUUCAGGCAGCACCACUUCUGACAGCUCGUCUGACCCCGCCCCCAUCCCGUCUUCUUCAUGUCUGGAACCAGCCCCUAUCCUGUCCUCAAACUCUUCCUCAUCCUCUGACGGCAAUGUUCCUUCCUGUGGAUUCGUCAACAGCUGCUACUUUCCUCGGUCCUCAUCCCUACAGAUAAUGUCAGGGAAGGAUAGACACUCUGAGGCACGCCAUCGGGAAGAGGACAAGAAACAGCCAUGGAGUGAUUUUGCAGUGGGAAAGAUUGAUAGUGAGAUCUGGAAGGAUCUACAGGCGGCCACAGUAAACCCUGACCCUAGUCUGAAAGAGUUCGAAGGCGCAACUCUCCGCUACGCCUCCCUCAAGCUACGAAACCCUGCUCCUGUGGAAGAGGAAGAUUCCAGCAGCAUUAACAGUGACCCUGAAGCCAAGUGUUUUGCUGUGCGCUCUCUCGGCUGGGUAGAGAUGGCUGAGGAGGAUUUGGCUCCGGGUAAAAGCAGCGUCGCUGUUAACAACUGCAUCCGUCAACUGUCCUACUGCAAGAAUGAUAUACGAGACACUGUGGGCAUCUGGGGAGAGGGGAAGGAUAUGUACCUCAUUCUGGAGAAUAACAUGCUGAAUCUGGUUGACCCCAUGGAUCGAAGCGUUCUACACUCUCAGCCAAUCGCAAGCAUCCGUGUGUGGGGUGUCGGCCGCGAUAAUGGAAGUCACCCCAGUGAAUACUGGAGUGAGAAAGGAGGAAUAGCAGGACUGUUAGAAGGUGGAGUGGGUGGAAUUUCUCCAGAUGGUGUGAAUGAGGAGGAGGAGAUUUCAGUUGAGAAUUGUGGAUGCAUGGACAUUCUCAACGGUGCAAUAGACAGUUUGAUGACAUCAUCAAUCCGAGAAGACUGGAUUCCUGUGAAACUGAAUGUAGCUGACGCAACAGUCACAGUCAUCAAAGAAAAGGAGGAAGAGGAGGUCCUAGUGGAGUGUCGUGUGCGUUUUCUGUCAUUCAUGGGAGUUGGAAAAGAUGUGCAUUCAUUCGCGUUCAUCAUGGACUCUGGGAGCCAGCACUUUGAGUGUCAUGUGUUUUGGUGUGAUCCCAAUGCUGGCAGUGUGUCAGAGGCUGUUCAGGCAGCGUGCAUGUUGAGGUAUCAGAAGUGUCUGGUGGCACGCCCUCCAUCUCAGAAAGCCUGCUCACAGGCACCCCCUGCUGAUUCAGUCACACGCCGUGUCUCCACCAGCGUCAAACGUGGAGUUCUGUCCCUUAUCGACACGCUCAAACAGAAGAGACCAGUCACUGAGCUCAACCAGUGAUCUGACAUACGAGCACGCACACUCACCGUCACGCUCUGCAUGCUUAAAACUAUCAGAAUGUCCUGUACAUACCUGUCCAGUCACGUGACGGAGAUGAAGAAGAACUCGAGGGCGAAAACGGUCUGAAAAUCAGUAAUUAUGAAAUGAGCUGAUGCCAAGAAAAUACACCCUUUACUCGCACACUCACACACACCUAGUCCAGUAUCUACAAGCCUCUCUCUUCCGUCUCAUGCGAUUAUCUGCAUGGGAAGCCACGCCACUCCAGCAUGACUGAAACCAACAGGCUCCGCCCAUCUAUAAGAUCCACCCUAUCUGGACAAAGCCUCCUCAAAGAGAUUUGUGUAAUUCAACAAGAACAAACAAGGCUGCUUCACUCAACAGAGCUUCUUCAUAGACCAUAUGUGUGUGCGGGUGUGUAGAGGAGCUUGAUGCUGCUUCAUUUGCUAAAGGAUGUUCAUAAGUGUCAUAAAAGCUAUUUUUUGUUGCAUUCUUUAUUAUCCUGAGAGAAGAAUGGGUGGAUGAGAGGAACUGUGCUCUGUGUUCCAUUCAAAGUUGGAUGACGGAUAUUCUUACUUGAUAUCUUCUGACCAAGUUGCUCCAGUGUUCAGUGCUCAAAAGAUGAGGUGUGAAGGUUGCGGUAACAUUAGCGAUAUUUUGGUGACAUUUCGGUCCGUUGCUAAUUGUCAGUAGUGCAGCGACGUAUGAAGCACAACUUGCAUAAAAGCUACAAUUGGUCAACACAGUAAAUUCAUAUUAACAACUUGUGAAAUCCAAUCAUUUGGAUACCUAUUGGAACAAAGGUAAACGUGACCGCACCUUAAGGCAACAAAACAACACUAUAUUAGCAGUGCAUUAGUUCAGCGUCAACAAUGAAGUCUUCUAGCAACCAAAUUACGGAGAAUAAAUGCGCAAGUUGGAAGUUCGACUUCAAGGGAAGUACCUUUGCGCUUUUCCAAGUAGGAAAUUCCAGCUUUUUGAGUUGAGUGAAACCACAUUAACGUCGAAGCUUUCACCAAAUGGUUUUGUUUUCUUCAAGAAGCUCUGCUGACACGUUCAUCUUCACCUGAAGUUGAUGAGGAGGCUUAGAAAAGAUGCCAAUAUGAAACAGACUUGCUCUGCAUUAACACAGCUGGAAGGACACGACCUGUUCAGUGUGUAGAUGUAAAGUAUGAAUGUGCUUUUUAUAUUUCCAAAGUGAAAUUGCCUUUUUGUUUUUUCUUUGAAAGAGAGAAUGUUGUGGAAGAGAACUGAAUUACUCAUGGAGCAAAAUACAGGAGGCGGGAAGAACUUUGUCUAGAGUCAAACCCUUCAAUCGUGUCAAUUCUGCUUUGAACCCCAGCGUAGUGCUUGCUUCCUCCAGAGGCUCUCCAGUGACUGAAAGUCAAAAAUACCUGACCUAUAGGAACUAUCUGCAGCACAUCCAAGUUAGUGAAAAACUCCAAUGUCUAUGAAGAGCUAUUUCAGUUCCAGCAUCCAUUCCUCACGUUUGGAUGCCAUUAGUGGCUCUACGUGUCCUGAUUGUGUUUCACAAAUUUGUAUUUUAAUUUUUUUGACCCGCACGCACCUAUGUGGUCUUGCUGUGCUCUGGCGUGCCACCUGUAGUCCUAGACUUACCCUUUCUUUCACGAGGGUUUUGACGAGUCACUUCUGUGUGUACAUAUAGUAUCUAUAUAUAGCAAACAUCAUAUCAUAAGGCUUUAUUUUUCAAAUUUCAGAUACUUUUAUUUUGUCGCUUUUUUUUUGGUUUUGUUUAUUUUGGUCAUACUUGCCUUGGCAUGUCUUGCGAUCCCGUUUAUUCUGGCCAUACUGUAAAAAAAAAUCAUAUAUGUGUUGUAGAUAAACCAACUGAUAAAACAAAGAAAAGAAGAAGAGUGAAAGAUGGUAGAGAUUGUGAAUACGAAUUUAUUUUAUGGUCCUUUUUAGGAGAGCUAGCUCUAGGGGAGGAGAUGUGAACUGUAAGUGUCUAUCUAUGCAUUCUUUUAGCUCUGAAGAAGAUUUGAGAGGAAACAAAAGACACAUUGCCUUGCAUGUCCUGCGACAAUU